UGUUCCUAAUGGUUUGUAAAUUCAGUGUAUAAUUACGUGCAUUCAGAUCAGAUCUUUAUUUGUAGGACUAUCUAUGGCAGAAGGCUAUGGAUAAUUUUAAUCCGUAUGGUGAUUAUCCUCAGUGAGGAACUGUGUAGGAGGGAUGCAGCCAUCAUUAUUAGUGAUUUUACACUUUUCGCCAGCUAUACACGUCACAGCAUCCUCUCUCUGGUGCGGUUGGAAAUACACCAUCGCUGCAUCAUUCCGCUUUCUCUUUAAUAAUUAUAGGGGGCCCCCGAGACCAUAAUAGGCUACAUUUCAAUCAUGGUCGACGAUGUUCCACCGAUUAUAAAUAUUGCUAUCGCGCUAAAAAUUCAACCGAAUGAUGGACCGGUGUUUUUCAAGGUGGAUGGGACCAGAUUCGGCCAGAGCAGGACAGUAAAAUUGCUUACAGGAUCGAAGUAUAAGGUUGAGGUGGUUAUGAAGCCGGGCAAUGCUGAUGCCACCACCAUGAACAUCGGAGGUAUCACCCUCCCUCUGGAGCAGCAGUCCAAAGAUGAGGAGUCAGUCGUUUACCAUGGACAGUAUGACACAGAGGGAGUGCCUCACACCAAGAGUGGGGACAGGCAACCUGUCCAAGUCAGCAUAGAGUUUGGAAAGGCGGGCCAAUUCGAGACAAUAUGGCAGCUCUGGCCACACGAGCUGAAGCUGUGGCCCUCCUGGACCAGGAUUGAAGACAGCUGCGGGUGGAAAUGUAUCUAAUCUGACUUAUUACCUGUGAGGUGUGUGUGAUGUGAGUUGUAUGAAUAUAUUGACAUUAUAUUAACAUUUACAUUUACAUUUUAGUCAUUUAGCAGACGCUCUUAUCCUUGUGUUAUCCUAUGUGUUAGUUCUAGUGUUGUUUAAUCAUUUGAACAGUUUAGCUGUCUACUUCUGAACAGCACAAUUGUGAUUAGUCUAUAAAGGGGUGAGACAGUUUUUUUGUUAACUUCUAUAUUAUUUUAUGGAGAUAUCCAUAUUCUAGAAUCUAUUAAGUGCUUCUAUUCUUGUUAUGUUGUGGGUCGCUAUCAUUGUUUUGUCUCAGUUUUGUCUGUAAAUGUAUGGCUGAAUAAACCUAUGCCUAAAGG